UGGGCCCGAACCCAAAAGGGUAUCGAUAUUUAUAAUCCGAAUGUGUUGCAUUGUCAUUCCCAUUUCGUAGUAACUAGGGUUUGCAGAGAGGCGCAGCAGCCGUAGAAGAAACCUCGUGAAUUCAGCAAUGGCAAGGAUCAAGGUUCAUGAGUUGAGGCAGAAAACCAAAGCUGAUCUUUUGGCUCAGCUCAAAGACCUCAAGGCUGAACUCGCUUUGCUCCGUGUUGCUAAGGUCACCGGUGGCGCACCUAACAAGCUCUCCAAGAUUAAGGUGGUGAGACUUUCCAUUGCUCAGGUUUUGACAGUGAUUUCUCAGAAGCAAAAGGCAGCAUUGAGGGAGGUGUACAAGAACAAGAAAUACUUGCCACUCGAUCUUCGCCCAAAGAAGACCAGAGCUAUUCGCAGAAGGCUCACCAAGCACCAGGCCUCAUUGAAGACCCAGAGGGAGCAGAAAAAGGAGACAUAUUUCCCAUUGAGGAAAUAUGCUAUUAAAGCAUAGGUUUUCUGCACUCUUUGGAUCCUAGAUUUGCAUCUGCCCCUUUAGACAAGUUUUGAUAUUUCUAUUGUAUUUUCUUGGUGUUAUCAACGUUUUUGUCAUCAGACUUGGGUUUAAAGUUUUCCCUCUUGAAGCUAUUAGGUUUUCCGCACUUUGUUAUUUUGUGUCUUUAUGGAACAAAGCUCAUUGCAGAUCAAUAGUUCUACAAUGUUUAAAAUUGAUGAAUAUUAAGUUUUGUUAUUUAUUUAUUAUCAUUUUCUAA